CGGCGAUCACAUGACUUAUACUAGCUUCCGCUUCCGUCUUCGCUAAUGUCAGUUAUAAACAGGCAACGGUUAAAACUAAACGGACGAAAUCGCAUCUGAAAGAAAAACUUUUGAGACAUUUCACAAAUAUAUGUGUGAGAACACUUGGUUUGCAGUGUUUAUUGACAUCGAGAGAAUCAGAGGAUACAUUUUUUAUAGAUUAUGGCUGCGACACUGAUCAAUUUUUCAAGAGUCGAAGAGGAAAUUAAAACUCAGUCUUCAAUGAAAGUUAAUCACGUUAAAGAUUAUUUUCUACUUCCAAUAGUAAUUUCUCGAGAAACUUUGAUUAAUUACAGUGAAUUUAUUACCUCUGCAAUUUUACAAGAAAGUCCACGAAUAACUUGUACUAUCAAUUUUAAGAAAAUUAAUCAACUCAACUUGUGUGGAGAAAUUAAGUUUUCAGGACAAUCAGCGAAUCAACAUUAUGAAGUAACUCUUUACUACAUAAAUUCUCAGCAUAAAAUUCACUUUUCAGAAACCAUUGAUGUGAACAUUUCAACCAACGUCAGUACUCAUUUCUUUAAUACAUCUUACGAAGUUUUGCAAUUAGGAUUUCGACGGGGAGAUAGUAAUAUCUUUCACGGAUUGCAACUUAUUGAUAAUAAUUUACUUAUAUACUGUAAAAUAGCAGUAAGAAAUGAUAGUAAUACAAUUUUAAAACAGGAAACAUCUCCUAAAUUUCUAUCAAUUUAUAAGGAACAAUUAUUCACUGAUUUCAAGAUUGUUUGCGAGGAUAAGGAAUUUUUAGUCCACAAAGCAGUUCUUGCACAUUCGUCGCCUGUUUUUCGAAAAAUGUUCGAAAUUCCAAUGAAGGAAUCCGAGGAGAAUUUAGUUAUGAUCGGUAAUUUUGAACCAAAUAUCAUUGAGCAACUGAUUCAUUUUAUAUACUCGGAGGAAAUUCAAAAUGAUUUACCUGGAGAAACAUUAAAAAAACUUUUCUUGGCUGCUGAUAUGUAUGAAUUAAAGGGUCUCGAAAAUCUUUGUUUGAAAAGAAUAUGCGAACGUACAAAAAAUAUCAGUGAAAUUGUGGAUGUCAUUUUAUUUGCUGGGUCCGAGUUUAAAGAAGAAAUGAUUAAAUGCCUAAAAGAUGUUCAUCCCAAAUUAUUGUGAUAGAGAUGAAGAUCAGAGGCCUCGAGGAUCACAAUUCAUAAUCUUUCAAUUUUUAAUUAAAUUUUUAAAAAAAAUUUAAUUAUUUGUUUAUUUAAAUUAUGCUUUAAAUAUGUAUGUUUUAUAAGGAUUCUGUGAUUUUAAAUUUUUAACACUUACGUCCUGUAUAAUUGUAAAUAUAAUUUACAAGCGCUACUUAAUAUUUUAUAAAAAUGUAAAAAGUGUAGAUU